UACCCUUUACGGUCGAACGACGGAGAAAGAAAGCAUCUAAUCCGGUGACGGAGAUGGCUUCGAAUAUGAUGAAAGCAGCCGGUGAAACACGACUCUGAAUGCUUGUUUACUCAUCGGAACCAAGCAGCCGGAACAAUGCACCACUCAUUGAUGCUCCGCCGCUUUUGCUGUUUACCAACGCCUUCCUUUUCGUCUUCUGCCGUCGCUUUUUCUACUUCUCUAACCCCUUCUUCUGCCAAGAAGAAAAAACUCGUUUUCUUGGGUUCUCCAUCGGUUUCUGCUUCUGUUCUCGAGACUCUUCUUGACGCAUCCAAUGCUGCUGAUUCCAUGUUUGAGGUUGCAGCUAUUGUUACUCAGCCACCUUCAGGGAGAGAUAGGGGAAGAAAGGUGAUGCCGUCUCCUGUUGCACAGCAUGCUCUUGAUAGAGGUUUCCCUGCCGAUCUGAUUUUCACACCUGUUAAAGCCAGCGAGGAAGCAUUUUUGACCAACUUUAGUGCAAUUGAGCCCGAACUUUGCAUCACGGCAGCAUAUGGCAAUAUAUUACCAACCAAGUUUUUAAAGAUUCCCUCAUUAGGGACUGUUAAUAUACACCCAAGCUUGCUGCCUUUAUACCGCGGAGCAGCUCCUGUUCAGAGAGCAUUGCAGGAUGGAGUUAAAGAAACUGGCGUAUCAUUGGCAUUCACUGUCAGGGCACUGGAUGCUGGUCCCAUUAUUGCAUGCGAAAAAAUGGAAAUAGAUGAUCAUAUUAAGGCUCCAGAAUUGCUUGAUCUGCUAUUUGCACGAGGAUCUAAACUUCUGCUUCAAGAGCUUCCGUCUAUAUUUGAUGGGUCAGCAAAGAUGAAAGCUCAAGCACAGGAUGACUCCAAAGCUACGUUGGCUCCAAAGAUAACUCAAGAGGAAUCAUGGUUAUUAUUUGACCAAGAAGCUUUAGUUCUACAUAACAAGGUGCGGGCUUUUGCAGGUUGGCCAGGAACCCGUGCUAGAAUUUAUGUGAUUGAUGAGAAGAGUGAUAAAUGCAGCGAGCUUGAGCUAAAAGUCAUCACUUCUAGAGUUUAUCACAGUAAUGAUGUUCAGAGUAGCAAAGAUGAUGAGGUGACCUUCAGGAAAGGGUCACUGAUCAUACCAUGUGGCGGGAAUACUGCUCUUGAGGUCCUGGAAGUCCAGCUGCCGGGAAAGAAAGUGGUCAAUGCAGCUGCAUUUUGGAACGGUUUGAGAGGUCAAAAGCUGAAGAAGUUGCCAUUGUAGAAGCAAUAUUUCUAAAAUCAAAGAUUCCCUAGCAGCAAGCCGUUUCGGGACUUUGUGGAAACAGCAAAUCAGAUCGCAUGUAAAAAGAUUUCGGCAUGAAGCAAAAUCUGUAAUACCAAUAGACAAAUACUUUCUCUGGGUCAAGUUUGAAGAUCAAAAGCUAGCAUUUUGGUGUUUGAAAAGCUUACAGUUGAAACUAGUUUGUAUUAUUGAUAGAUUCAAGUUUUGAAGGAACAAUUCUUUUAUGGUAUCCUUGAUUAGUAGCCUA